AUGGGUUGCCUGUCGAGUAAAGACAAGCUGACGAAGGAAGACAUGGAUUUCCUGAAGUCGCACACGAGGUACGAUGAGGCGACCAUCAAGGAGUGGUACAAAGGGUUUAAGCAAGACUGUCCGAAUGGCCGACUGACUCCUGCGAAGUUCGUCGAUAUGUACAAAAUGUUCUUCCCAAGCGGAAAUGCGGAAGAGUUUUGCGACCAUGUCUUCCGGACAUUUGACAUGGACAAGAAUGGAUAUAUCGACUUUAAGGAAUUUCUAUUGGCGAUAGACGUGACGUCGUCGGGGACUCCGGAAGAAAAGCUGAAGUGGGCGUUCCGGAUGUACGAUGUGGACGGAAAUGGUGUCAUUGACAUUCAGGAAAUGACAAAGAUCGUUCAGGCCAUCUACGACAUGUUAGGCGCAUGCUCCUCGAAUAGGCCAGCAGAUUCCGCAGAGGAGAGGGCCAAAAACAUUUUUGCCAAAAUGGACGAGAACAACGACGGACAACUGACCCAGGAGGAAUUUCUGAAAGGAUGUCUGCAGGACGAGGAGUUGUCCAAGAUGCUCGCACCCUAGAUACAGAUAUAAUGAUCAAACGGAGAUCACUGCAUUUUAUUAGAUAAACGUUGGCAUUUUAUAAUUUAACUAUUUUUUUAUAAUAAUUUAAAUGAUAUUUGCUACUUUUUAAAAAAUUAUAUAUAAAUAUUACAAGGAUUUUUUAAAUUGCAUAAAAUGCGUUAAGAGUACAUUGGCUUUGGGUCAACAAGGAC